AGCACCGGCCCGAGUACUCCGCUGUCCGCUCCCACUCCACUCCGGCCCAGCUGCGUGCUGCUCCGGCACCGGCAGGCGGAUAAGCCCAGCAGGUAAAGCAGGCAGGAGAGGAGGAGAGCUCAGCACUGCACGCGCGCUCCCCUCCCCUUCCCUUGCUGGCCAAAUCGAUCGGUCCCCUUCAGGCUCCAGGCUCCGGAGCUUGCUUUACUUCAGAUUUGCGCGAUUCCCCUUCCAAAAAGAACCAAUCGGUUUGCUACUAGAUCGGUGCGCGAGGCUAGACUUUUUCUGGGAAUUCAACCGGCGAAUGGGCAGGGACGGCGGCCGCGUGCGCAUGAGCCGCGUAUUGGCAACUGGGGAUGAGCGCGGCAUGGGCGAGGUAGCAGGCGUGGAGCGCGCCGCCUGCAAGCGCCCGCGCGGCGCGCUCGACGGCGGCGGGUCGGGGUCUGCGGCCGCGUGGCCGGCGUGCCGGGUGGCGCGCGCCGCGGCCGGCGGCAAGGACCGCCACAGUAAGGUGGUGACGGCGCGGGGGCUCCGGGACCGCCGCGUCCGCCUCUCGGUGCCCACGGCCAUCCAGUUCUACGACAUCCAGGACCGCCUCGGCGUCGACCAGCCCAGCAAGGCCAUCGAGUGGCUCAUCCGCGCCGCCGCCGCCGCCAUCGACGGCCUCCCGUCGCUCGACUGCUCCUUCGUCUUCCCCCACGCCGCCGCAUCUCCGCCGGGCGGCGCUGCCGACGACGCCGAGCUCAGCACCUCCGAGACCAGCAAGAGCUCCGUUCUCUCGCUUGCCAACGCCCCGGUUGACAACACCGCCGCUCACUCUCAGCAAGACAGUCACGCCUACAACAACAACGCCGCCGCCGGUGGUGGCGCGUUCGCCGACCUGAUCCUGCACUGCUCCGCCAACAACAGCAGCAAGCCAGUGCAGCAGCAGCCGACGCUCGCUUACUACGCCACCCAGCCCCCGAACGCGCACUCCGCGUCGGCCAUAUCCUUCGAGACGAUGCUGCCCCACUUCUCCUUCCUUCAGGAGCAGCCUCACCACGCAAUCGCCUUCGACCGGGGCACACUUCAGUCCAAUGCCGCCGUUGCUGCGCCGCUGUGGCCGACGUCUCAGCAUGCGUGCCUGCUGCAGAGGUUCGCCGCUUCUCCAGCUGAUGCCACCGGACUGCCGUCGUUCUUUCUUGGAAGCGGUGCUGCUGGUGCUUCUCCGGUGGUGCCGGCCAAUGCAGAGCCGAGGCUUCAGCUCUGGGACUUCAAGCAGGAACGGAAGACCUGAACAGUGGCACCCAGAGCUUGGCGUUUCAUAAGACUAUUUCUCAGAGUGUGUAGACUGCAACUGCGCCUGGGACUGAAGACCUGCAGAAACCAACGCAUCAGCCGCAUCUUUCAUUCGUCAGUAGCUUCCGGGCUUGUCUGUGACAUCUGCUGUGAUGAGAAGCCAUUCUUUUUUUUUUCUUUUAUUUCUUCAUGGGUUUUGUACUCUGGUAUCUACAUCCCACUCGGACAAAACGUGAAGGUUGACUUGGUUGGCUGAUUGAUUGUCACACGAAUCUUCUUGACUGCCA